AUGAAAUAAGAAGACAUUCAAUCUCCUUAGUUGUGUGAAAAUAUUCAACAUAGACCACACAAUCCCAGGAGAUCAGCAAUCUUUAAAUAGCAGAAUGCUAUUAGUCUCACGAAAUUGGACACAAGGUUACAGGAAAAGAAUGACAUGCUUGUGGCACAAAUCUAAAAGAUUGUUAAACAUAUGCCUUCUGAUGACAAAUAACUCAAAGCAGAAAGACACAUAUAUGAUGCUUAUUACUUGAGAACUAUUCGAAAUGAUAUCGAUUUGGCUGAUAAGGUAAUUUUAAAAUGCCUUUGGAUCAUUGAGAAUAGCCGAAUUUGGAGUGGAUACCUUUUGACAUUGACGAUCCUCUAUCAGAUCCUGGCUUUCUUUGAGAAACCAUAUCCUGAAUCAGAUUUCUACGAGGCACCUGAUGUCAGGAAUGUAGAAUUGUUCAUAUUAAUAUUCCUUGGGAUUGACUUCUUAAUAACUUUGGUUUUGUUGGCUACCAAAAAAAAUGAUGGGGGAUUUCAGUUCAAUACCAAAAGGAUGAUGAAGAUGUUGUUCUUCUUAGUGUGUCUCACAGAUUAUAUAAAUUCGAAGAUCGAUGAUUCUCAGAUCAGAUUCAGUAGAUUAAUUAGACCAGCGUUGAUGAUCUUUUUUUCGAAGGAUCUGCGAAGAAAUUUAAAGGGAAUAGCCAAAGCCAGUAAAGAUUUGCUCUUGUUAUUUUUACUCUACGUGAUAAUCAUUUCAACAUUUGCUUUUAUUGGAAUAAAUCUGAUUGGAUAAUUGGACACUGUGGAUUUAGAAACUCAAGAUUACGGGGAUUUCUUCAAAUUGUUCAAUAUGUUAUUCAUGGCUGCCACUCUUGAUUUCUACCCCGACAUUAUGAUUCCUCCAAUAUUUUAAGGCACUUUUUAUGCUCUCUAUUUUGUCAUCUACAUAAUUCUCUUUUUGUUCCUAUUCUAACCUAUUCCCUUGGCUGUUGUCUACGAAGGGUUUCGAAGACACAGAAUGUAGAUUGCCAUCCAAGACAUCAUCAAAUAGAAAUCAGCUAUGAUGGCGAGUUUCAUCUCAUUGGAUUCAAAUGAUGCUGGAUUUUUGACUGAAAAUCAAUUUAAGAAAUUCCUGAAAACCUUUUAUCGAGGUUAAUUGACAGAUGACUAAGUGAAGAUCAUCUUCUCGGAAAUCGACAAAGAUUUCAAUGAUAAGAUUUAAUUCGACGAGUUUAAUCAAUUACUCUACGUCUUACAGAAUAGUAAGAAAAUCUCAUUGCCAAGAGCAAAACCACUCAAAUGUUGGGAAUCGCUAAGAAACUUCCUCAACAAAUAUGGAUUAAAGAAAUUUAUCGAAUCUAAUACAUUCGGUUUUUUCAUGUUCCUUGUGACCAUAGUCAACUGUUGUUUGAUCAUAUCCGCAUUCUUUAUAGAGAAUUUAGAAGUGCUGGCCAUAUUCGAUACUAUUGACACUGUAUUCUUGGGCAUUUUCAUUUUCGAAUGUCUGAUCAAGAUUAUAGGUUUGGGCAUAUACGACUUUUUUGUAGAUGGUUGGAAUGUUUUCGAUAUCACAUUGAUCCUGUUGCAGAUACUGUUCGAUUACAUUCUCUUCAGUUUUGUGACUGGAAACAUAGUUCAAUCUAUAAAGGCAAAUAGAAUUUUGAGGAUUGCCAAAAUCUAGAAGGUAUUUAGGUUGUUUAGAGCCUUCAGAUCCAUUAAAUUGGUGGGGUACUUGUUGAGAGGAUUGGAAAUAUUCGCUCAUGUUAAAAACCUAUUGUAUAAGAUCAUCAUUUGCGUACCUCUGAUUUUACGAUUGAUCUUGCCAGUGUAAAUUGUCUUUUUCACAUAUGCUUGUAUAGGAAUAUACAUAUAUGGAGGAAUCACAACUGAUGAUGACAACCCAUUCUCAAACAACUCAUGUGAUCCAAACGAGUUCCGAUUUUUGUGGGGACAAUGCAAAUAUGCUGAUUUUAAUUCUAUGGGAGGAUCCUACUUAAUGAUGUUACAGGUGUUCACAGCAUCCUCAUGGGGACAAUUAGUCUUUGAACUCGCAUUUGACACAAAGAAUCUGGUGACUCCAAUGAUAUUUGUUGGUUCAUUUGUUUUUCUUUCUAUCUUCUUAUUAGCACUGAUUGGAGGAUUAGUUUGGGAAGUAUUCACAGUUGUUUCUAAGACUCUGUUUGAAUAAGAAAUGGAGUAAUUCAAACCUGAAGAGAGAGUAGCCUUGCAACUUAAUUUUUAAGAUGAAGCACUCUUAGGUAGUAGUAUGGGCACAGAGUAUGACAUUCGAAAUGGAACUCAAUUAAGCAAUGCUAUUCAAUUGCAGAAGAAAACUGCCAUUCUAAAUGAUGAUAAUCCUGACAUCUUGGAGUUUAGACCAAGAAGUGUGGGUAUGAGAGCGCAUUAGGAUGAGAAGUAGGAAAUUCCUAUUGAGUUGGACUUUCAAAUAGAAACCCAGAUAUACAAUAAAGUGUUGAGGGUAGGAAUCAAUCCAAAUCAAGUGAUCCGUAAGUUGAAACCUCAAGGAGAUCUGGCGUAAAUUAUUGAGGAUGAAUUGCUUGAAAUAUAGAAAUUGUAUUGCGACUACUUUAUUGACUAUUAAGAGUUCUUGGAAAUGAAAUUCAUUAAGGAGUCUCAUAACAUCUAUAAUGUAACUACUGAGUAUGUGGUUCACAUUAGAAAUGAAAUUAAGAAAGACGAAAUGUUCAAACGGAAACAUGUCAAUAUUUCCAAUCAUGAUCUCCUUAUCUAGAAUGCGGUUUUGAGAGACACUAGUGAAAUGUAUAUCAAAUAAUAGGAGGAACAAUACUUCAAGACGGAAUACGGCUAGAAGUUUGAAUUGAUCAAAGAACUCAAGUUUUAGAGUAAAUUUAAAGUCGAGAGCAAGAUACUGUUCUCCUUGAUGGGCAUAUUGAAGUUUCCAAAACCGAAUAUUAAAUAUUUCUUUUAAAUUCUCUACUUGAUAGAGAAUUACUUCACUUAUUAAUUAUUGCCGGAUUGCUCAUUUUUCAAGUUGUUACAUUAAAUGGAUGGCAAAUGGUACUUAAUUAGUAUUGAAGACAAUUAAAUUGUAUUUACCAAGAUUGGGGCAGGUCCGUGGACAUAUGAUAGUUUGCUCUUUGAUCAAGGUCAGAUGAGGAUUUGUGAGAAUUUGAAGUUCAUGAAGGAAGUCAAGAACCCAGAAGUCAAAAUGCAUAUAAGAGAAUUCCACACCAGCAUGAACAAAAUGGCUAAGCAAUUUGAACUCGAUAUCACAAAGAUAGAUGUUAGGAGUACGAUUGUUCUCUAUCAAAUUAAAAAUGAACGCUAUGUUCUUCCUGACUCUACUACUCCCAGGAUGAAUGGGUAGAAACCGUCCAUCAGUCCCAGAUAUUUGACGAUGAGUGCGAGGAAUGCCUAGAUCAGUCAACGCAAUGUGGAUGUGAACUCCAUCAAUGAGGAAGAGAAUCCGGAAGGAAUUUUUCAGAUGGGUGAAAAUGUCGAUGAGUGUCAUAGACACGUGAGUCAAACCAUGAUAUUCGUGCUCUCCAAGGUUCAAGCGCAGGAGAGCAGGAUUGUGUAUCAGAAUUAGGUGAUGUUGGCCUAGUUUGUGUUGGAUUUGGCUGGAGUUAUUAAGAACUAUUCUGAUAAUUUCUUUUAAUAAUUAGAGGAAUUAUAUUCUUUGCGAAGUAAACAAAGAGGAAUAAAACAAAAAUGA